AUGGGCGCAUUAACCCCAUCACAAGUGCAAACCAUCAAAUCCACGGUCCCCGUCCUCGCUGAGCACGGCAACACCAUAACAACAAAGUUCUACCAUGACCUACUCUCCGCACACCCCGAGCUGAAAAACGUCUUCAACAACACGCACCAAGCGACCGGCCACCAAGCACAAGCCCUCGCAGGAGCCCUCUACGCAUACGCCGCCAACAUCGACGACCUGGGGAAGCUGAGUCCAGCAGUGGAGCUCAUAUGUCACAAACAUGCGAGCUUAUUCGUUCGAGCAGACCAGUACGAUGUCGUCGGCAAGUAUCUACUUGAGACGAUGCAGACGGUGCUGGGUGAUGCUGCGACGCCCGAGAUUCUGGAGGCGUGGGGUGCGGCGUACUGGCAGUUGGCGAAUAUCAUGAUUGGCAAGGAGGAUCAGCUGUAUCAAGAGACGUCGUAUUGGCCUGAUUGGAAGGACUUCACCAUCACGAAGAAAGAGAAGGAGAGUGAGGAGAUUACUUCGUUUUACCUCGAGCCAGUGGAUGCAGAUUUGAAGCUACCGAUCUUCAAACCUGGACAGUACAUCUCGGUCAACGUCUUCGUGGACGAGCUGGAAGGUGGCGUGUGGCAGGCGAGACAGUACAGUUUGAGCGAUGCACCGGGAAAGAAGUAUCUGAGGAUCAGUGUGAAGAAAGAGCCUGGCAUUGAGAUUGGGGAACCAAAGCACAUGACACAUGCGGGCUACAUCUCCAACCUGCUACACGACACGAAGAACGAGGGAGACGUAGUGAAGGUGUCGCAUCCAUUCGGAGAAUUCUUCUUCGACACGAAAGAGGUCGAUGCAGACGCACCCGUCGUUCUAAUCUCAGCCGGCGUCGGACUCACUGCUUUGACCUCCAUCUUCAACUCCCUGACAGCGGAGAAAUCGGAUCGACCGAUAACCUGGAUCCAAGGCGCACGCAAUUCAAAGACACGUGCCUUCAAGACGCACUUUGACCAAUGCGCUGCAGCAAACGAGAACGUGCAUGCAGUGUAUUACUCGUCGACUCCGGGCGAAGGGGAAGUCCAGGGCCGUGACUACACCAUCAAAGGACGUGUGGAUCUGGACAAAAUUGACAGGAAGUACCUGCAUACCGACAACGGCAAGACACAGUACUACUGUUGUGGACCCACACAAUUCAUGCUCGACGUUGAGGCAAAGCUGAAGAGCUAUGGCGUGCCUAGCGAACGGGUGAAGAUGGAGUUAUUCGGUACCGGCGGCGUACCGAGGGUCUAG